UGCAAGACCGGUGGAGGCCCUAUUUGGUCUCACGAAUCAAUUGCUGGGGUGUGGUCUGAGUGCCUCAGGAGCCUCCAAAUCCACCAUCGACGGGAGCCAAGGAACAGAUAUGUCACUUCAGAUUGCAGGCCUGACAUUGUCAUGUUCGAUUCUGAAUCAGCUUCCAACCUCGACCUGGACAUCUCUCUAGCCCACCCUUGGAGUGCGGAUGCAUUUCCAAGCUCUGCUGAUAGAACAGGCGUCGCUGCUAAACAACGAGAGAAUAGGAAGGCGGCAAAAUACAGCCAACAAAAGCUCCCUGGGACUUCAGUUCUCAAAGCCAUCCCCUUGGUAUUCGAACAUUUCGGUGCAUGGGGAGAAGAGGCCAGGAACUUCUUGCGAAAGCUAGCAGCUUUCUCAUCAGACGAAGUUGGUCAGCCAAACGCACCGGAAUUUGUGGACUUCUGGCGUAAACGAUUUUCAGUGCAGCUGCAAAAGUGCAACGCACGGGUCAUUCAGAAGAAAUUGAAUGUGUUGUGUGGUGGGUGUCAGAUUCCCGAGUCACUCAGCACUCAAUUCUUUUAUCAUUAGUGUACUUUUAGUUGUCUCUUUUGCCUCAGAAAAUAUGUAUACACUUACCUAUGAACACUAUAAAGCAUUUAGCUUUAGUCGAGUAGUUUCUGCUGUGAUGUAUGAUAGUGUGAUUGUAAGAAAUAAAUGAUUCUUGACAGACAG